GAACCGAGUCGUUUUGCUCGACUCCGCGAGUCACCUCGUCCUAGUUGAAUAUUAUUACUGUUAUUAUUAAUAAUAAUAAUGAUAGUGUUGUUAAUUUAGCUCAUUUCCGUUCCGACUUCUAGAAUGUUUACACCCUGGAACGUAAAUACAAAUCCAUUAGAAAAACGCAGAACAUUAAAUCGGAUCACGUUAUCGUUUACGGGGUUACAUCUUUUUUCGAGCUAAGCCGAGUUAGCAGCUACAUGGCUAGCGUUAGCACUUCCUGAAAGAAAAAAUAUAAAUAAACAGACGCUGUUUGCGAUUAGUUAAGCACAGUUUAGCAAAAUGAAUCGUUUCAGGUUAGUAUUGUUAGUUAAAACUCAUCAACGCACGGGCUGUGUUUAGCCAGCGUUAGUCUUUUUUAUUAUUUGUUAAAAUUGUUUGCUAGCAAACAGCUAGCGCGCUAACGGUUGUGUAUUAGCUGCUUGUUAUUGCUAGCUUGUGCGGGACGAUUGAGUGUAGAAAUAGGUUUUAUAGAUUUUAUGUCUUGGUUGGAUUUGAAGCCUUAUUUAUUUUUAGAGCUUUGAACCGCUUUGUGGAUCACUGAGAUACACCGGACCUCACGCAGCACUGAUGUAGAAUAGUUAUCUUGCCCCCUACCUCACACACACAAGAAAGACGACAAAUAGACUGAUUUCCCUUCAUCUCCCUUUAUUGCCUGAUAGUGACUUUUUUGAAGACUUUUUCCUGGUUAAAAGUUGAAGUGUGAAGAUUUUCUGGUUGUUUUGACUAAUGGGACGUGAGGAUGUCGGAGGAAGGGGAAGCCCGCUUGGUGAACUCGCAGUUCGCUGUAUCUGUUCUCGACCAGCUGAAAUUGUUCUACGAGGAAAAGUUGCUAACUGACAUCACGCUACUGGUGGAGGACCACGAGUUCCACUGCCACAAAAUCAUCCUGGCCACAUGCAGCUCUUACUUCAGGGCAAUGUUUAUGAGUGGACUGAGCGAGAGCAAACAGUCACAUGUCCACCUGAGAAACGUGGAUCCCAUAACGUUGCAGACCAUCAUCGCAUAUGCUUACACAGGAAAUCUGGAAAUUACACACAGUACAGUGGAGUUACUGUAUGAAACGGCUUGUUUUCUACAGGUGGAUGGUGUGGUAUGUGCUUGCCGGGACUUUCUCCUGCGCUCGUUGUCUGUGGAGAACUGUGUGCGUAUACUAAGUUUGGCUGAUGCGUUUGGCUGUGCCGAGCUGAAGCGCAGUGCCCAGCGUGUGGUGGAACUGAACUUUCGACACGUGUGUCGAGGUGAGGCCUUCUUGCAGCUCUCUCACACACUGCUGCUGGAACUGCUGGGCAGUGACGCACUUGACGUCGAGCGCGAAGAGACUGUGCGACAGGCAGCCGCGCUGUGGCUUGAGCACGAUGCUGCACACAGAGAGCGUCACCUGUCCGCUGUGCUUAGCCUCGUGCGCGUUGAUGCCUUGGCCGAGAUCACGCAGCGUGCCUGGUUUCGUGGCUUACCACAGAAUCACAAGUCCAUUGUCAUACAGGGACUGUAUAAAUCCAUGCCCAAGUUCUUUAAGCCACGACUGGGGAUGACAAAAGAGGAAAUGCUCAUUUUUGUGGAUACUGAUCCAGCAAGCGAUUAUAAUAACCACGACUUGCAUCGCCCUCCUAAUGAAUUUAACAAUUUGCAUUUGCGCCGCUCACCUAGCAAUAACAAUGAUGAUGAUUUACCUUUACAUCACUUACCUAGCAGUAACGAUGAUUCACAACGCUCUAUUACAUGCUAUAGCCCCCAAGCUGAAAAAGUCUACAAGCUAACUAGCCCUCCGGGUGACCUGCGCAGAUUUGGAAUCCUUGUCACACCCGAUAAUGAUGUAUUUGUUGCUGGAGGUGAACAGCCAAUCAAAAAUGGCAAAUGGAAGGCAGUCCAGAAUUUCUAUUGGCUGGAUGCACAGCAGAAUGCAUGGGUGGCAAAAGCAGCCAUGUUGAGCGCACGCACACGCCCCACGCUCGUCUUCUGCCAUGGAUUUGUCUAUGCCAUCGGAGGAGGCGGUUAUGAUGACAUGGGUGGAAGCCAUGAUGAUGAUGUCACAAUGGAACAUUACGAUCGCAGGAGAGAUGAAUGGAGUGCGAUGAGUCCACUGCCAACUCAUAGCUCCUUGAGCCAAAACAACAUGGCUGCCGUUGCUGUUAACGACCGCGUUUAUAUCAUUAUCCACGAUGCUAUGUUUUGUUACUCACCACGUAAUGAUGUCUGGACAGAAAUAAUGGCGCAGAGAAGAAGAAACUGCUUAGGCCCCGCCUCCUAUUUUUCAGCCACCGCCACUGCUGCUGUUCUUGGUGACCUCAUUUUCUAUGUUGGUGGAGGAGGAGACAGUGCUAUGGAAAUUUAUGAUACAGUUAGGGAUGAAUGGCGCACGAUCGCUGCAGUGCCUGUUGCUGAUGAUGAUGGUGCGGCUGUAUCGGAGGUGUGUGUGCGGGCUGUGGUUCUGCUGGAUACGUUGUGCGUGUUUGUUCAUGAGCGUCAUGGAGGCUAUGCGCUAAUACGUUACGACGCAACACGAGAGCGGUGGCUCCGCCCCCAGCCCAUUCCCCACCGUGCCAUUGGUCGCCUUGGCAAUCGCUUCCGCCUUGCCAUUGCCAAAUUGUACCCAUCCUGCCUCACUGAGUUGCCAUGGAAACCACCAGCAUGCCCAUUCCCUCCUGACGAUGAGGAAGAGUUUAGCACUGAUGGAGAAACUCUAGAGUUGCCAGAUUUAUAAAGAAUCAACAGCUAUUUUAAAAUCUGGACAGAAAGACUGCAGUAGCUGCUCUAAAUGGUAACCAUCUUCAGUUUUAACUUGGACAUGUACAGAAACAGUGGCCAUUUUGCAACGUUCAGAUGCUUACGUUUUAGUAAAGGCUUUUUAGAGCCUUUGUAUUUGAGGUCACUUCCUGAAUGAGGUUAAAACCAUUCAUGAUGUCCAGAGGAAUUAGUGUGCACCUGUCUUGGUGAGCAUGUUUGAGGAGAAACACUAACCAGCUGAGAACUGGAGUAGAUGGCUGGGGUGUUUUAGCGCAUAGUGAUCUGCAUUUCAUUUGAAUCUGAGGUGCAAUUUUUAACAAGGAACAAGUAUUCAUGGUGUCCAACUUUUAAUCCACCCCACGAUGUUUAACUUAUUUGUGAGGUGAACGGACAACAAGACGGACCGGAUGUGUAGCAUAAAGCAUUUUGUUUAACGGGUUUGCAGAGGCGGGAAAAACGGUGAAUAAGGUGAUUUUAAAAAAAAAUCCAAGGUAGCAAACGGCUAGAGGAUUACUGUGCAGCGAACAGUGACCAUCUUGAAACCACGAUGAAGCGAAAAAGACUGCAAGGUGCUCAAGAUGGCCAACAUAUUUGGCAUGUCUCGGGCCUGAUGCCUCUUCGAGGGCUAUGGUUUUGAGUGUACAGAGAACUAAUGACCAUUUUGGAUUUAAACCAUCUGUUAACAUUACACAGGCAGAGGAGUUUACUGUGGAACCAGGUGUCCAACAUGGCGGCCCAUCCCCCCCACCUGUGAUGUCACCACUGACCAUGUGUAUCUGAUGAUGCAGUCGAUGGUGUAGAGUCGAGCUCAUCAUCGCUCCACAGACUGAUUUCUACUGUUCAUUCAUGCAUUAGUACUAUUUCUCAUUUCUCAAUGGUUCUGAUGAUGAUGAUGCACUUGCUUUCAAAUCUUCCACGAUAGGGCUGCCGUGUGUGUGUGUGUGUGUGUAGGGCAUUUUUUUUUUUUAAAUGAGCAGUGUGUGACUGCAGGUUCGGUCAUGUAAAUUUAUUUUUUUUUUUAAGGUAAACCUGUCCGCUCUGAUCCUCACUGCAUCUACACCACCCUCACUAAGUGUGUGUGAAUGAAUCUAAUGGACUGAGUAGACUCACAUACUUCGUCUCAUGGUAUCAUAUUUCCAUCACCUGCUCAUUGUGCAAAUUUAUGGGGUCGAACAAAACCCCAACUCCGCAACCUUGCUGUCUUACACAUCGCUGGGUCAGUAAGGGUGGAGCUUAAGUUUGACCCGAAUCAACACUUCAAAUUUUCUGACAUCAUGACUCGCCUUUCUUUUCGUUUCUUUGCCUUGUAGUAAAUCCAUCAUUAACUUCUACAAGAGAAUGUUAUCAGCGUUACAUAAACACAUGAGUGUUUGAGGUUUCUGUGUUGGGCAGAAUAUCGAGCUGACAAACUGAAAAGCUAGCAUUGAUGUCACUUUAAAUUUAAUUUAAUCCUGCCUCUCUUCACACAGGAAAAUCUUGUUACUUGGCUAAAUUGGGAUUUGCUCAGUGUUGAAGUGUAACAAGAAUGACCUGUUAUGCUUUGACUUUGCUGAGGGCCGUGUCCCAAACCAGUAGCGCAUCACAAUAGUGCACACUCUAGAUACCACUGAACCUGCUGCCAUUCGAUUUAUCUUCCUCCAAGAGAUAUUUUGCCAGCUUUAUUCAGAAUCUGAGUUACUAUUAAUUUGUGAAUGAUGAAGAAUACUAGCCUAUUAAAUUGUUUACGCAGCAAUUACAAAAUAAAACCUGUGGUGGCCCCCCUCCCCCCUUUUUGUGAUAAGCAAUUUGUUGCAUUGAUUUGAUUUUAAAUUGUCACGUUAAUCUUAAUGACGCCCAUAGUGACCUGGGAAGAGCUUGGUGUUCGAUGUUGGUUGGCUAGCUACUGCUAAGUUGAGCUAACACAAAAUUUCCCCGAAUAGUGAACGCUCUUUACAAACUGUGAAGUAAAGCAGGAUCAACUUUGGGAUACAACCCAAAGUUAAAAAUCUUGCCUGCCAGCUAGCUAACUGCAAGAACUAAACAGAUUGUCACGGUAACUGAAACCUAAUCUUUCUAGCUAGCAGCAUGACCCCCAUCAGUAAUCGGGUAAAGCUUUGUGGUUGUGGUGGCUGGCUAGCUGAAAACUAGCUUUGAAAAGGUAUAGUAUGUGCUUAUAGUGGUGAAUUGUUUUGAGGCACGAUUUGGGACGCAACCCAUGUCGAAGUCGUUUUUGUUUGCUAAACACUCUUCUCGCUAACAUGUUUACUAUUUUUAGUUAUUUGAUACCUGGUUUGGGACCCAGUCUGUGUCCGAGUCGUCAGACACUCUGCUUUCUUCUUUUUGACAUUAUUUGGUAUGAGGGCAUGUGGUUUGGGACACAGCCUGGCAAGUUGCAUUAGUGUAAUUUGACACCGCACUUGAGAUGAAGCCUAUGAGGUCCUUUUCGGAAUAUUCUACAAUGCAGCAGUUGAAGGAAACACAUUUCUGUAAGAUAACUGUUACGUGUGUGUGUGUGUGUGUGUGUUCUAUAUUUUGGGGAGUUUAAUGGUUUCGUUGUCAGAGCCUUUGCCACUAUAACAGAGGGAUUAUGGGUAAUGGGGGGAGGGGUUAAUGUUUAACUGGUUACUGAGUGUGAUGUUCUGGCAUACACACACACACACACUCACUCACUCACUCACUCACUCGGCCUGUCCCUCAGCACUGUACUGCACACACCUUUUAAUUUAUUAUUAAACAUUUCACAAACA